AUGAAGUCGGACAAGGCAACCGAUCCUGAUGACAGACCUGCUGAUGUCUGGAAGCUGCUAGGAGAUCGAGGGUCCAUGUGGCUCGCAGCUCUAUUUAACAAGAUCGUUGCAGAAGGACGGACUCCAGACAAUUGGCAAACUUCCGUGACUGUGCCUGUCUGGAAAGGGAAAGGAGACAUUGCUGACUGCACCUCGUACAGGCCUAUACGACUGCUCUGCCAUACGAUAAAGGUUUUUGAGCGUGUCCUGGAAGCUCGUCUAAGGAAAAUUGUUAGCGUUUCACUCAACCAGUGCGGCUUUGUGAAGGACUGCAGCACUAUAGAUGCUAUCCAUGCUGUCCGAAUCCUCUUGGAGAAACAUCGAGAGAAGAACCGCAGUGUGCAUCUUGCUUUUCUCGAUCUCGAGAAAGCUUUCGACCGUGUCCCACAUGAGCUGUUAUGGAUGUCCAUGAGGUCGCAUAGAGUACCAGAAGAAUAUGUGCGGUGGACUAAGCUACUUUAUGCGAAGCCUACCAGCGUUGUACGAUAUGCUGCUGGAACAAGCAGGGUCCCUGUACAAGUAGGGGUUCAUCAGAGUUCAUCCCUCUCACCUCUGCUGUUCAUACUGUGCAUGGACACGAUAACGAAGGAAAUCCAGAAGCAGCAUCCGUGGACUCUACUCUUUGCCGACGAUGUCAUGCUCGCGGCGGAGUCUCGAGAUGAUCUUCAGAAACAAGCACAGUCUUGGAAGGAUCAGCUGCAGCAAUAUGGAUUGUGCCUCAACACAUCAAAAACUGAGUAUAUGGAGUGCGGACCAAGGAUAGAGGAUGGUUCAAUUCGUGUCGAUGGCACCGAAUUAAACAAGGUGAACUGUUUCAAGUACCUUGGAUCCAAAGUGACUUCCACAGGCGACAUUGAUCAAGAAGGUCGAGCACGUGUUAAUGCUGCAUGGAUGAAGUGGAAAAUGGCAACAGGGGUACUGUGCGACAAGAAAGUCCCUGUUCGACUGAAGUCGAAGAUCUAA